UUCCCCUACAUGUUGGCACAGUCUUUGAUAGACACACGAGAGACAUAAGCUUAAGAAGACUUCAGGCUCCCACAUCUGUGUGGUGGAACAAAGCUAGAAUGAGCAAUACUUUGGAUACUGAUCGGAAGACUGUGGAUGUUCCUCCAAACCCAAACCACGGUACCCCAUUAGGAAAGACUGAAAAGCCUGGUACCCUGAAAUAUAUACUAGACAAGCUGCAGAAAUUCCUGAAGGGGAAUCUAAAAGCUCUGGGGGUGGCUCAGGUUAUGAUUGGUGUGAAAUGCAUCUUUUAUGGGAUAAUUGGAUUUUUUGCUUUUGAAUCUGAAAUGUACCAAACUCUUUUUUUCUCAGUUUACAUAGGCUUCCCAUUAUGGGGGGCUUUGUCUUUUAUCAUGUCUGGAUCUCUGACUGUUGUGUCUGCCAAGAAGCAAACAAAAUCACUGCUGAGGAAGAACACAGGUGCUAACACUCUUAGCACCUUGGUCUCAAUGUUUGGAAUCUGUAUUCUAUCAUACAAUUUAACAAAAAAUCUCCACUAUGAUUGUGAGAAGGAAACUCUCUGUUUGGGCAUCAAAUCAAUUGCAAUUGGACAUGUGAUUGUUCUAAUGAUCCUAACUUGUCUGCAGUUUUUAAUUUCACUUUCUCUCUCCAUGCUCACCUAUAAUGUGGAUGGCAGGCAUAUUCACUGGGCAAGAAGAAGCCAGGCAUUACCUUCAAUGCUGCGGAAAUCUCCUCAGUUGAUUAUCCAAGUUCACCAUUUAUUAGUUAUGCUUUCUGUAGAACUGUAAUCUAUCAAACCUCUGCCACUGCACCACUGGACCCUCUCUCCAGUUUCCGUUAAUGUGUUCCUCACUUCCUUCUGAGCCACGUGGACAGUAUUCUCAGUGUCUUUAUUUCCAUUAACAAACUAUAUGAGGCAUUUGAGGCUUUCUCUAUCCUGCUCCUCAAAAUUUUGCUCCUCAAAACUCUCCUCAAACUUCUUUCAGCCCCCUGCCUAAUUCCAAAGCUACUCCCACAUUCUGGAUAUUUAUUUAUAUAUCCUACAUAUAGUUAUAGUAAUAUUACAUUAUUACCCCAUCUCCAGGACCAAAAUAUGUAAUAAUUUCUUGUUGUUGCCUGACAAAUUACCUCAAGCAUAUCAACUUAAAACAAUACCUACCACCUACUUAUUACCUCACAGCUCUGUAGGUCAGAAGUCCCAGUGGACCUGACUGGAUUCUCUACUCAGAAUCUCAUAAGGCUGAAGUCCAUGUACUGAGUCCCCCGGACUCCUGGCAAGUCUGGGAUGGUCUGCAAGUUCUCUGUUGUUGUUGGCAGAAUCCAGUUGCUUGUGUUAUGGAGCUGGGAUUGUUGGCCAGGAGUCACUCGCGCUCAGCUCCUAGAAGCUGCUCUCCAUCUGUUCAAGUGGUUCCCUGCAUUUCAGCAACAGAGAGCUUCCUCUUAGUCAAGUGGUUCUCAUGCUUUGAAUCUCUCUGACUUCCUUUUCUACCAUCUAGAGAACACUCUGCCUUGAAAAGACUCCUAUACUUAUAUUAGGUUCAUCUAGACAAUGAUUUGUUUUGUUUUGUUUGCCAUAUGAUAUAACAUAAUCACAGAAAUCACCAUAAUAUUCUGCCCACCACAGAAUACUUGUGCGGCACCCGACGAGAAAAGACACAGAGAAGGGGAAGACAUAUUUGUUCUUGUAAAGUCAUGGAUCUGCAGGGAAAUGUGUAUCUGCUCGCAAAUUAUGCUGGC